AUGGUCUUCAUACCGCACUGCUUCGUGCAAACAAAGAAAGAAAUACAUAGUGAAGCCACACCAUAUCUUUACUCUAAUCCGGUGUUCAAUUUGGUUGGCAUCCCCCCUACACAACUACUACCCACUACCGAUGCAGCUUUUGCUCAUUUCUUAAGACAAAUUGGUGUUCCUAACGCAAAGCUUCUUCGUCACCUUAUCAUCGAAUUUCCCGAAUUCGAUCCUGCCCCUCCAGAUUGCUACCGCCCUGGAGAAGUCCCCAAGCCCGUUGAAGAUUAUGUAAGAUUAUUGAAGCAAAUUCACGAACAGUGUACAGAACUUGCAACACUUAAAAUGGCAUUACAUCAAUUACAUGAUUUUUUUCGGGCAUUCUUGGAUCCCGAUUGGUCUGAGAAAUUCUUGAUUGCUACAGACUGGCUACACAAGCAAUUACAGGGCAUGCCGUUCUUGAAAGAUAUCGUCGUUCAUCUUCAAAUCAUCAACCCGAACCUUAGAGGUUGUUAUCAGGGCUGGAUAGACAAGUCGCGGGACUAUGGAUGGAGUUUUAAGGUCACGGAUUAUGAACUCACGGGAAAUAAGGAGGAGGCUCGGAAUGAAAUUAUGGACGCUAUUUCGGAACUGGCUCAGAUGGGAGGUACCAGGCGCGUAAUGCAGCGAGGAUAUUAUGUUAAAAGACAGACCUCCGAUGGAGAAUCUGAGAUUGACUACGAAUUGUCAUAUCGUACGGCUUGUUGCAAGAUUGAGGAGGGUCUCCUUCAAUCAGCAUAG